UCCACAGAACGCCCAGCCAUGUCCAAGAACACAGAGCCACAGACACACAGCAUAUCCAGCAGGCAGCGUUGUCCGCAGGCCAAUGGGCUGGAGAACCUGGCGCCUUUGGUGAGUUCUGUGGAGGAAACUCCUGAUCCCAUCCCCACCACCAUUAAGGGAGCUAUUCCAGCCUGGAUCAAUGGGAGCUUCCUGAGGAAUGGUCCUGGGAAGUUUGAAUUUGGGGAAGACAGAUACACCCACUGGUUUGACGGCAUGGCCAUGAUGCACCGGUUUCACAUCUGCGAUGGCGAUGUCACUUACAGUAGUCGAUUCCUGCGAAGUGACUCAUACGUCCGCAACUCAGAGAAGAACCGCAUCGUUGUUUCAGAGUUCGGGACAUUAGCCAUGCCUGAUCCCUGCAAGAACAUCUUUGCACGCUUCUUUUCACGCUUUCAGAUUCCUAAGGCCACAGAUAAUGCCAGUGUGAACUUUGUCAAGUACAAGGGAGACUAUUAUGUCAGCACGGAAACCAACUACAUGAGAAGAGUGGAUCCACAGAGCCUGGAGACAAAGGAGAAGGUGGACUGGAGUCAAUACAUUGCUGUCAACUCGGCUACAGCUCACCCACACUAUGACCAAGAGGGGGCCACGUACAACAUGGGCAACUCCUACGGCAAAAGCGGUUUCUUCUACAACAUAAUCCGUGUACCUCCUCCUGAGGAGAAGGCAGCAGCACAGGACUCUGCAGACCUGAAUGGAGCUGAAGUGAUCUGCUCCAUCCGUGCAGCUGAACCCAGGAAACCUUCCUAUUAUCACAGCUUUGUCAUGUCGGAGAACUACAUUGUGUUCAUUGAGCAACCACUCAAGCUGGACCUGCUGAAGUUCAUGCUGUACAGAAUCCAGGGAAAAAGCUUUCAUAAAGUCAUGACCUGGGAGCCUCAGUAUGAAACCAUCUUCCACUUGGUCAAUAGGCACACCGGCAAGGAGAGUGAAGUGAGGUACCGUGCAGCACCCAUGUUCACACUGCAUCAGAUCAAUGCUUUUGAAGACAACGGGUUCUUGGUUAUGGACAUGUGCUGUGGGGACGAUGGUGAGGUCAUUGGAGACUUCACACUGGAGAACCUCCGCAGAGGCUCGGGAGAGGAAAUGGACAAGUUUUACAACUCGUUGUGCAGAAACCUCCCAAGGAGAUACGUCCUACCCCUGAAUGUGGAUGAACAAACUCCUUUGGACCAAAACCUUGUCACUCUGCAUAACUAUAAAGCCACUGCAAAGAAGACACAACCACGAGAGGUUUACAUGACCCAUGAGGAACUUCACGUCGACGAGCUGCUGCAGUACGGUGGCCUCGAGUUCCCUCAGAUCAACUACGACCAGUACAAUGGCAGACCUUACCGCUACUUCUACUCCUGUGGCUUUGGACAUGUCUUCAGUGACUCCCUACUCAAGAUGGAUGUCCACACCAAGGAGCUUAAGGUGUGGCGUUACCCUGGCUUGUACCCGUCUGAGCCUGUCUUUGUUGCUUCGCCCAAAGCUACAGAGGAAGAUGACGGAGUGGUCUUGUCAGUCAUCAUCACACCCAGAGAAGAGAAAAGUACUUUCCUGCUUGUUCUGGAUGCCAAGACCUUCACUGAGCUGGGCAGAGCAGAGGUCCCUGUCAAUAUCCCAUACGGGACACAUGGUGUGUUUAACGAAAUGGGCUAGAUGUGCUUCUGAUUUGCUGUGGCAAAUUGCUAAAAUUGAACAAGCAACCAGCCACAGAAAAUAUAUCUCUGUUAAUGUCAUUGCCUGUAAAAUUUCUGAACUGUAAAAGAAAGAAGAAAAGAAAUAAGAGCUGGGUAAAAACUGCAGACUCAUGCUAUAUGUUUGUGCCUCCUUGAUAGGAAUAGGUACAUGUCCUCUCUGUGUGCUGCCAUUAUAGUCAGAAAGAUGACAAUCCCAAAGACAGAAAACCCAGCAUGGCAUCAGCACACUGAUAAAGUUUGUCCUCUGUGUGUUCUUAUGUGCUCUUGAAAGAUUUUGAAACAGCCUUUAGACAACAGCAAUGUGGAUGAUGCUUACUUGGAAGGACUAAUAAUUCAUGUGGAAAACAUUUUGAAUAAAAAAAAACAAACAACAUGAAAGGCAAUACUCACAUUAAAAUAAAAUCCAUUUCCCCUUUUUUUUGUUUAAACCCAUAGUGUUUUUGCAUCAUCACGCCACUGGAAACGCUAUACUCCCAGUGAGAACAGAGCAGCACUUAGGAUACAUAAAAAUGCAUCAGAGGAAAUUCAAUUUCUGUCAAAGUAAUGUGAUAGAAAUGGACAACGUCUGAAAUGCUUGGAAAACAAAUGGAUCUAACUGGUCGAUAGCCUCCAGAGAGUCUAGCAGAGGUCACAUCACAAAUGUAGAGCUGUUUAUACGUUCAAAACAACCCAAAACAAAGUUGACAUACACAUAAACACUGACAUGCAGGACAUUGUGUGGAACAAGAGUAGCUUGUUGUUGAACUGUGAGCUGAACAGAACAGUGUAAAAUAAAGCAUACAAGCCAUACCCAGAAUGUGAAGUAGCCUACAGCUUCACUUGUCACUCCACCAUCUCCGCAAUUGACUUUACUGAUGCUUAUUUCAUUGGCUAUUUUUCCUCUCACAUUGAUUCGAACGGAUUGAUUUGAACUGACUCCGGGCUCUGCACCUGAUACAGGCACUAUGGCUGUGUGAAAGCUGAGAGGUUUCAAAAAUAUUAUGACCCAUAUAUUUUUUGCCUUUUUUAAUAUUUCAGAAUUGACUUUCAGUCAAGAGUUACAGUUACAGAAGUUUUAAAGAUAUUUUGCAACAGCAAGCUCCAACUUUCAAUAAUUUAUGACUGUACAGUACACACAGGCAGAGGUUUCAUCUUUAGCUUCUCUUGUUACACUGAACUGAAUAAAACAGGAGGGAAUAGAGCUAUACAGUUCUGUUUAAUUUAAUCUUAUUCUGGAAAUUAACAACACUUAUGUUUUUGUCAUGUUCUGCUCAACUCGGGCUGUGUCUCCUAAUAAGCAUGCUGUACAGGUCUCCCAAGAUACACAUUAAUUAGCCCAUAAUUCCUAAUCUAAUCAGUCAUGCUUAACCUCUGUGUGUGCUUGCAUGUGGGUCUCUGUGUGUGCAUGCACAAUACUAUAUGCUCAGGUUCAUUAGUACUCUCUCCAACAAGCAUGCAGCAGAGAGAGAUACAGCGACCUUUGCCCUCAGAUAAAUCGCAAGCUAAAUUUCGUGUUUGCAAAGCUGCUAGGCAAAGCAAAUCCUUAUCAAUGUUGGCCAACAUCCUUUUACAUUAAAUAUUAUUGGAUAAGACAUAAACAAGAGGAUCAAUGGUUCAUUCAAGGUGUUAUUUUAGAUAGUUAACACUAAAUGGGUCGGAUUCACCUGGGUCUAGUUUGAAUGAAGACCAAACUACAGUCGUUUUAAAAACCCA